CAAAAAAUCAGAGUUGCUGCUCUGCUUAAGUGCAUAACCAAGUAAUUAGCUAGCUGUUCUUCGUUCAAAAAAAUGGCAGCAGAAGCAAAAAAUGAUGAGCAGCAAGACAUUGCUCGUCGUUUGGCAAAGUUUCCCUCAACCAUAUGGGGUUGUAGCUUUGCUUCCUUUUCACUUAAAGACUCGGAGAUUGAAUCAUACACGCAACAAGUGGAAGAACUUAAAGGAAAGGUGAAGGAUAUGUUAAUGCAAUCUACUAAAGAAAUAACCCAAAACAUUGAAGUUAUCAACUUAUUAUGCCGUCUUGGGGUGUCAUAUCAUUUCGAGAGUGAGAUUGAACAACAGUUAAAUCUCAUUUUCGCUUCCCUUCCUAGUUUCCUUAACGACAAUGGCCAUCUCGACCUCUAUACUGUGGCACUUUUAUUUCGAGUUCUAAGACAACAUGGACGUAAAGUUCCUUGUGAUGUGUUUAACAAAUACAAGGACGACAAUGGAGAGUUCAAGAAAGAUAUCACCAGUGAUGUGAAAGGCCUCCUUAGCUUGUAUGAAGCUUCCGUUGUGAGUGUUCAUGGAGAAGAGAUUUUAGAUGAAGCCCUUGUUUUUACAAAGCAACACUUGGAAACACUGGCUGCACAAGUUAGCCCUCAUUUUGAACAGCACAUAAGAAAUGCUUUGCUUUGUCCUGUCCACUAUGGCAUGGAAAGAUUACAGGCUCGGCUAUAUAUAUCCUUCUACGAAGAGGACGAGUCCAGAAAUGAGAUUCUGCUCAAGUUUGCAAAGCUCGAUUUUAAUCGACUACAGUUAUUGUACAGAGAAGAGCUAGCAAUAGUAUCAAGGUGGUGGAAAGACUUGGAUCUUACAGAAAGGCUUUCUUAUGCAAGAGACAGAAUAGUAGAGGUGUAUGUAUGGGCACUUGGGUGCGUUGGAUCCCAACCUCAAUUUGCUUCGUCUCGUCUGCUAGUUGCUAAGUUUACACAGACGGCAAUGACAGUUGAUGAUACAUAUGAUGCUUAUGGUACCAUUGGCGAACUCAGACUCUUUACAGCUGCAUUUGAAAGGUGCAGUAUUGAUGCUAUUCAUGAGCUACCAGAAUACAUGCAGUAUCUUUACAAGGCUAUACUGAAACUUUUUGAAGAAACAGAGAAUGAUGCCAAUGAAGGAAGCUCUUACAAAACCUCUUAUGCCAAGGAGAUGUUCAAGGAGCUGACUAGAGCUGAUUUACAAGAGGGAGAAUGGUUCAAUAGUCUCUAUGUGCCAGCAUUUGAUGAGUACCUACAUAAUGCCUCAAUCACAACCACAGGCGAGCUACUUACAGCAGCAUUCUUACUUGGAUUGAAAGAGGCAAGCAUGAAGGAAAUCGUUUGGGUGCGUGAUGCUCCCAAAAUUGUUAGGAAUGCAAAGUUAUUUGCCCGUCUUCUCGAUGAUGUCGCCACCCACGAGGAAGAGCAAAAGAGGGGAGACUGCCCUUCAAGUGUGGAGUGCUACAUGAAUGAAUAUGGGGUCCCGAAAGAGAAGGCAUACGAAGAAAUAAAGAAAAUACUAGCAACCUCAUGGAAGGACAUAAACGAAGACUACAUGAAACAGCAUCGUGUCUCAAGGACUGUUGUCAACUAUUUCAUCAACUUUGCAAGAAUGUCAAAUUUUGUGUAUAAGGUUCGGGACGCCUACACCUACUCCACGCAUUUGAAAACUUAUGUUGCAACAUUGUUCCUCCAGCCACUGCCGGUGUAAGAGAGGGAUUGAGCUUUUACCAUAUGUAUUGGUUGCGAUUUGCCUUUGCAGUUCCCUAAUUUAGUUGUGCUGUCAGAAAGUGCUGUUAGAGAACAUUACAGACUAGCUAGCAGAUGUAUCAUUAGCGUGUUUGGGUUCAUAAAACAGUGUUUAUUUUCAAUAAUUAAUAACAACAGUUUGUGUCAUUUAAUUA